GGUUUCUGCUUUUUGGACUGCUAGGGUUUCCGGUCCCGUUGAUAUUGUCAUGGCCGAUGGUCCGUCUAGCCCUGGCGGUGGUAGUCAUGGGAGUGGUGACCAGAGCCCCCGUUCGAAUGUUCGAGAGCAGGACAGGUACCUUCCAAUCGCGAAUAUUAGCCGGAUCAUGAAGAAAGCUCUCCCUGCUAACGGAAAAAUUGCCAAGGAUGCCAAGGAGACGGUUCAGGAAUGCGUCUCCGAGUUCAUCAGUUUCAUUACUAGCGAGGCAAGCGAUAAGUGUCAGCGAGAGAAAAGAAAGACGAUUAAUGGUGAUGAUCUGCUCUGGGCGAUGGCGACGUUGGGUUUCGAAGAUUAUAUUGAUCCCCUUAAGGUGUAUCUGAAUAGGUACAGAGAGAUGGAGGGUGAUACCAAGGGAUCUGCAAAGAGUGGUGAUAAAAGGGAUGCUGUUGGAGUUCAACCUGGUCCAAAUGCACAGAUUGCUCAUCAGGGAUCCUUCACGCAAGGAGUGAGCUAUAUGAAUUCUCAAUCACAGGGACAGCAUCUUAUGGUUCCCAUGCACGGCACGGAAUAAAGAUUCUCUCCUCCAAUAUGACCAACUUAUGCUAAAUUCGAUUGCUAUAGAUCUUAUUUUGCAUCCAUGGUACAGAGUGCUGUUCUUCUGAUUCCCUGCAGCGUUUGGAGUAGUGAUGUUCAUUUCACAUUGGGAUGACAGGUUAAUUCUUUUAAUGGCUUGGCUGUAUAUUUGGGUGCUUUAAGUAGACUGACCCGUUGACGAAAUACACAUUUGAAGGAUUUGUUAUAAUUUAUUUGCUGUUAUUGUCGAGCUGUAUAGCAGAAAAACGCUAUGUUAUGAUUCUGAUUGGUGGUUUGUUUUGAUGGAUAAUAUGGGGACUAUUGUGC